AUGCAUUCAGUGCAGUUUGUGAAGCUGGCUGGCAUCGUGUCUAAUAAAAAGCGAACAAAUAGUUCAAAGCCAGGAAUAAUGUUCUACUUUCACCACCAACCAAAGAAAGGAAAAACUGACAUUCCACUUCAAACACAGAACUUAGCACUGGACAAUGAAAUAGUAACUAUUGACUGUGAGGAAGUUGUUGCUGAGACAUCAGCUGAAUCACACGAUAAGUCUACAGAUGAAAAGCAAUAUCCAGCUGUGUGGUCAAAAGAACAAUUUGACGAAUUCAAAAAGAAACAUGAGUGGCUAUUUGCGUCUAGGGGAAAACUCGGCUGUACAAUCUGUGCAGAAGUUUCUAACUUAAAGAUUCACGCUGCUCGAGGCAUAAAUAUUGCUUCUCAGUGGGCAGAAUGUAACAUUUUACCUUUUGGUAAAACUAAGGAAACAGAGCUCACAUCUCUUCGCAAAAAAAUUUAUAUACACAAAAAUAGCGCUGCUCAUGCAGAAGCAGAAAAAAUUCUAGAAACUGCUAGAAAAGAUAUUCUGCUAAACAUAAAUGGAAGAAGUCAAGAAACUGCUUUUGAAAUCACUAGCCGUGUAUUCAGAACAGCUUACUACAUUGCUAAAAUGAAUAGGCCAUUUACUGACCAUGAGAGCUUGAUUGACCUGCAAAAAGUGAAUGGAGUUCAGAUUGGGCGUUUGCUUCAUAGUAGAAUGGUCUGCGGAGACAUUAUAGAACACAUUUCGGCUGAAAUGAGGAAAAAGAUUGUCUCACAAAUUAUAACAAAAAAAACUAAGAUUACUAUACAGGUUGAGUAUCCCUUAUCCAAAAUGCUUGGGACCAGAGUUGAUGAAGCUACUACACUUUCUAGAAAAUCAACUCUUGUUAUUUUUUUAAAAUCAAGUGUUGAUGGUGUCAUGAAUCCAGUAGCAUUUCCUUUGGAUUUGAUAGAGUUAGAAAAUGCCUCAGCUGAGAGCAUAAAACAGGAAAUAAUGAAAUGUUUAUUCCAUCAUGGUUUUACUUUCGAAGUAUUGACAGAGAUCUUUGUCAGUUUUUGUAGUGAUGGCGCAAAUGUCAUGCUUGGCGUAAAAGCUGGUGUUGGAAAACUCUUACAAGGAGACUUUCCCAAACUAAUUCUCUGGCAUUGCAUGAAUCACAGGCUUGAACUAGCUGUGGAUCAAGCACUAGAUGUUACUGGAGGUACAAAUGACUUCAGGUCAUUUUUAGACACCUUAUACACACUUUACAGUCAGUCACCAAAAAAUGUACGUGAGCUUAGUGCACAGGCUAAUGAGCUGCAUGUCUUGCUUAAAAAAAUUGGCAGAGUUUUCAACGUAAGAUGGGUAGCUUCAUCGUGGAGAGCAGUGAAUGCAGUCUGGCAGACGUAUCCUGCAUUAGCUGCACAUUUUCAAAAAGCCUCACAAGACCAAUCAAGGGAUAGAAGGGAGCAAGUGAAAUUCCAAGGUCUACAUUCAAAACUGUGCUCAGUCAACUUUGUAACAAAUAUGUCAAUUAUGUUAGAUGUUCUGACUGAGCUCAAAAAUUUAUCAGAACUCUUACAAGACAGAAAAAUGACCAUUCCAAAGGCAGACAACCACAUAAAAAUGUAUGUGCGGAGAAUUGAAAGCCUAAAGAGAAUACCAGGAUUUCACAGUGAACAGACACAGAAUGCAGAAGAGGGAAUUAUGUUCAAAAAUACAAAGUUGACAGGCAUUGGGAAAAGUCCCAAGAUCAAAUCCUCUCAAUUCAUUCAGGCUGUUGUUGACAACAUGAGGUGCAAAUUAUUUACCACCACUGCUAAUAAAGCAACAGAAAGCGUAGCAAAAGGUAGGGAAACUGCUUACCACACCCUGAUUGACAGCAUAUCUGUUCUGAAUCCUGAAUCUUGGCAAACUGAUUCUGAUAAUCCACUUUUUGGAGACCAAGAGAUUCGUACACUAUGUGAAAUGCUGAAUGUCAGUUACCAUGAAACACACCUGGGAUUUGUGGAAUAUAAAUGCUGCGCAGGACGGAUUGUUCCCGAAAAAUUAAAGAAAUUAAUUCUUGCAGUAGAUACUCUUGCAGCAAGCAAUGCUGACUGUGAGCGAGGCUUUAGUGUUAUGAACAACAUAAUUACAGAUAAGCGGACUGCACUGACCACUCGACAUGUGUCGGACUUACUUUUUAUUUCAAUUGUUUGUCCUCCCUUCACUGAGUGGAAUCCGGACGCAUAUGUAAAAUCGUGGCUGGGCAAGGGACGUCGGGCAGCCCAAUCCUGUAAAGGCAUGGCAAGACAGGAGCAAGCAAGGCAACAGGAUCAGGCCUACUAUAAGCAGCUGUGGAAGUGCCUUUAA